GUAGGCAUUUGAGUUGAGUUGACUCUAUUCUCAUUCUCUCUUGACUAGCUGCUAGUGAGUAGAGUUAAUUGAUUCAACAGUCGAACGGUAACCUAAUUCUUGUUGAUCUGAAAAUUGAAAUGGCUACUGCUUCCGCCUCCGCUUCAACCCAGUGUUUUAACUCAUGCCUCCCACUCACUGAUAAUUGCCAUUCUCAUCCUCGUCAUGGUGGUAGCAGCAUUCUACGCCUUCAGCUGUCUCAGAUACCCAAAUCGCGCUCUCUUUCUUCAUCUUCAUCUUCCAUAGGAGGUGCAAUUGAGAGGAAGGACCAUCACCCCCAGCGUUCGUCUUUUGCACGAACUGCUGCUGUUCGCCAUCUCGUUGGUUCCGUCACCACAACUCAGGGCCUUCGUUUCGCAGUGGUUGUAGCGCGGUUUAAUGAGAUUAUCACAAAGCAGCUGUUAGAGGGAGCUCUGGCGACUUUCAAGAAUUAUUCAAUUCAAGAAGAGGAUAUUGAUGUUGUAUGGGUUCCUGGUAGCUUUGAAAUUGGUGUAGCUGCACAGAGGCUUGGAAGUUUAGGAAGAUAUCAUGCAAUUUUAUGCAUUGGAGCUGUGAUAAGAGGUGAUACAACUCAUUAUGAUGCAGUUGCUAAUUCAGCAGCAUCUGGAGUACUUUCGGCUGGAUUAAAAUCAGGAGUUCCAUGCGUUUUUGGUGUCCUAACUUGUGAUAAUAUGGAGCAGGCUUUAAACCGAGCUGGCGGUAAAUCUGGAAAUAAGGGUGCAGAGACUGCUUUGACAGCUAUUGAGAUGGCAUCUUUGUUUGAGCACCAUCUGAAGUAGUGGUAAUGUUACACUGAGGAGAGGCAGAUAAAUUCUUAAUUUGGCCAGCGUUUUCCUUUACUAGAUGUGCUUGGUUGUUGUUGUUGUUGUUCCAUUUUUGAACUGCUAAAAUAUAUGUCUUGUGGGUGAUUGAAACUCCAGCGAGGUAGCCAUGUUGUUGAUUGCUAAGCCCUGAUAAAAGCAUAGAGGCUGAAGCUGAAUUUAAAAAUAAAAAAAAAACAAGUAGCAAUGUUUGAUGUUUCGAAUAAAAGAUUUCUAUCUUGCUGGGUAGAUGUGAUUCGAUGUUGCUUUUUUUCCUAUUUGCGAACAUUCAUUGUGGUUCCUUCACCAAUUAUCUCACUUUGAGGUUGAAAUCUGAAAGGAAAGGUCGUUACCCUCA